AAUAUUGUUGGAUAUUUUGGUGAUCUAGGCUGCUUUCCUAGGUCAGAUAUUUUGGACUGCUACAGUAGGGCGGCACUACUGUAGCUACAGUAAGGCGGCUCUACAGUAAAUGGCCACCUAUCCUUAUGUGUUGUCUUGAUCGGAGACAUCGAUUUUGAUCCAACGGUGCUGGUUCCCCUAGUGCAUAGUGCUAAACAUAUAAAAGGGGUCAAAUGACCUAGAAGAGGGGAAGUGGAAGAUGGCUGCUGCUCUCUGCCUUCUCUCUUACACACCCUCUCUCAAGAACAAGCCACCGAUCAGGCUAGCACUAAAGCACUAGGAAGAACCUAGCACAAAUUGCUCCAUCCUGGUGUGAGCAAUUAAACAAGAGGAGGCAUGGCAUCAUCUUCAGACCAAGCAACUAAUGUCUCUAAUAUUGCUGGAAUGCUAAAUGGCAUCGAACAGCUAAAUGGCAGCAAUUAUGUCAUGUGGAAGGAGAAGCUUGAGAUCACUAUGGCCUUACUCAAUAUUGAUUAUGCUCUCCUUAAUGAUCCUCCUGAGGUGCCUAAAGAAAAUAAUGAAAAUUAUGAAGCCCUCAAGAAGGAAUAUGACAUUAUUAAGGCUAAGUGGGAUGACUCUAAUCGCAAAUGCCUUAUGAUGAUAAAGGGCUCCAUUACACAGAGUAUGAGGGGAGCCCUUCCUGAUUGUGAGACAGCAAAAGGGUACUUUGCAAAAAUUGAGCAUCAAUUUAAAGGGUCUUCUAAAGUUUAUGCAACAAGUCUUAUCGGAAGGCUAAUUGAUGAAAAAUAUGAUCCCAACUGGAAGUCUUCGAGAGCAUAUUAUGAAAAAAAUGCAACAUGGCCGCCAAACUAAAGUCAAUGGAGAUGGAAAUCUCUAAUGGUUUCCUCGUCCAUUUUAUUAUGUCAUCUUUGCCUCCCCAAUUUGAUCCAUUUAUGAUCAACUAUAAUGCGAUGGAUGUUAAAUGGGAGAUUGAUGAAAUGAUGGCGCGAUGUGUGCAAGAAGAAGAAAGGCUUAAGGCUGACAGAAUUGAUCAUGUUAAUCAGUUUGGUCAUUCACAAAAGAAGAAGUAUAGAAAAUUUGUGAAUGAAUAUGUGAAGCCCAAGCCUUAUAAGUUCAAGGAAAAAGGCCAAUCCUCAAAAG